AUUAAUUUCAUUGUUUAGACAUUUUGUCACGCAAUUUUUGUCAAAAAAGUAUCUUAAUUAACUUUAUUCAUCACCAAAAGUACCCUAGAUGUCUGCAGACUGCUUCACCCUGGAAGAUUACAUCAAGAAGAAGAACAUCGAUGGAUCAUUGUCUUUAAUGAAUCUUCGAAAAAAGGAGCGAAAUAUCGAUGAAAAUGAAUUAAAUGCUUCACUGGAUGAAAUAGCACGCAAAAAUGCAUCCAAAAGAGGCUUAAAAUGCGGUAUAUCCAAAUUUGAUCGGUUCAAUGAUGAUUCAGGAAAUCAAUCAGAUGACGAAGAUUUAGAUGAAAUUAGUAGUGGAAGUAAUUAUCGUGAGAGCUAUGACAAGAUUAACAGUGACAUGGAAAUGAUGGAUAUAAGUGAACAGAACAACAUCCAAGCUGAAAAUUCAUCAAUUCGUUUUGCAAAGGAAAUCCAAAAUAUGGAACAUCCAGAAUGUUGUCGCAUUAAGAAGCACUUUACGACUGUUGAAAGUGCUAUGGGAAUAAAAAUGAAGUCACAGCAAUGGCGUGUUGAGAAUCCAAGUAGUGAUAAGGUCUUAAAUGGUCGUGUCCAAAAGAAUUACAAGAAGAAUAGCACUAAUGGUCCAAAAGCUGGAAUUUUCAUUGAAAAGGGCAAUUUUACGUACAAGUUUAAUGACGAUCCAAGCAAUGACAGUGAAGAUAAUGCUGAAAGUAUUGUUGGAAUUGUUCGGAACCGUCCAGUCACUAAAAUCAUUCGAGUCGGCAAUAAUAAUGGCGGUUCCAACAGUAAUAAUUAUAAUAAUAAUAAUCGCAACUUUAACAAUAACUUCCGUAAUCGUCAAAAUGGUAAUGGAAGUUCGCCCGUUAAUAUCAAUAUGAAUUGGAAUGGCUUCUUUAAAGGAAUGACUGAAUGUAUGAAGACAGCUGCUCCUGCUACACAGCCUCUUGAAAGAAAGGUUAAUGAUGCUAGUAGUUCGAAUCAGGACAUUCAAGUAAAGAUUGCAGCCACAGAACUUUUGGAUUUCUUAAUAGCUAAACGUGACAAAUCAAACCAUAAAGUAUCAUUUUCGGAACAGCCAAAAAUGGCUGAUCCAGUAAAUGAAUAUAUUGUUAGUGCUACAGCUGGGAACGGAAUUGAUAUGGACGUAACUCCUUCCGUCACAAAUUUGCCAAUGAAUCUUCGUUUUGCUUAAAUUCAUACUUUACUCAUUAAAGUUGAAACUUAAUAGAUUUUUUAAGGAUAUUUACUAGUCAGAAACAAAAAGUAUCAAGUUCAAUACUUUUAAACAAUAGUUUUAGUUUUUAAGUAAUAGAGAAGAACCUGAAAAAAAGUCAAAAAUAAUCUUAAUUCAAUUAAGUCUUAACAUUCUGAACUCUGUAAAAUGUGAUAAUCAUUUAAAAUCAAAUAAAAGACAUUUAAGUCCG